GGCCCGGAUCGCCCUGGCGACGUUCUCCAUACCAAGGCGCUUGGUAUUAGAACUGCUACUGCCGCGAUGACAGACUCCAGCUUCCAUAUCAUUUCAACUAGCUUAAGUUGGGACGUGUCUAGAAAUUUCAUUACCAUGAACAAAACACAAGCCGGAGAUGUUCACCUGGGAGGCCCGCGACGGCGGCAGUUCCCGCAUCACCUUCUGAUGAUUUUCAUUUUAUAUAACCCCUUGAAUUGCAAAAAAUUAAUUUUUUUUAUUUUAAGCGUUGAAACGAUCCCAUAUAUAAUAGCGUCGGUUACUGUGAGUGAGUGUCAGUUUACAAAGUAA